UUUAUACAGUGAUUGUGUUAGAAAUAAUUUAAAUUUAUUUGAUGAAAAACGAAUUUUGAUAUAAACAUGUCCAGCACAUCACAAAAACAUAAAAACUUUGUGGCUGAACCAAUGGGUGAUAAACCUGUUACAGAUCUUGCUGGAGUUGGAGAAGUUUUAGGACGUAGAUUAGAAGCAGCUGGUUUUGAUAAAGCAUAUGUUGUUCUUGGGCAAUAUUUGGUUUUAAAAAAGAAUAGAGAAUUAUUUCAAGAAUGGAUGAAGGAUGCAUGUUCUGCCAAUGCAAAACAGUCUAGUGAUUGUUAUCAGUGCCUCUCUGAUUGGUGUGAAGAAUUUUUGUAAAAUAAUUAAAAUUUAAUGUUAAUAUUAUACAAAAAUGAAACUUUUAAUAUAGCAAAGUAUUUACUGUAAUAUUUUAAUGUAAAAUGUGAAAACUAUUUCACUUUUGUGAAUUUAAGAUAAUAUUUUAGAUAAUUUCUAAUAUAAUGAAAGCAAUCUUAAAAGGUAUUUUAAAGUUCAAUAUAAAAAAAAUAUAACAUGAUA